AGGCAUGGGAGUUGUGUGGAAGAGGAGGAAGCCAGAGUAGGUGUCGCUGCCUGGUGAUGCUCUGGGAAGGCUGUGGGCAAUGGCCUCUCCUCUUUCUGGGCCCACAGCUGUGGCUGAUGUAAUUAAAGAUCUAGACACUCAGAUAGCUUUGAUUGGUUUGGGUCCCCACAACCCCAAGAAGAAGCAGGACCUAGACAAGCUUUAUGAUCUAAAAGCUAAAGCCCAACAGAUUAUGAACCAGUUUGGCCCUUCUACCUUGAUCAACCUCUCCAACUUCUCCUCCAUCAAGCCAGAACCAGCGAGCACUCCCCCCCAGAGCUCCAUGGCCAACAGCACCACAGUGGCAAAGAUGCCAGGAACACCCAGCGGAGGAGGGAGGCUCAGCCCUGAAAGCAACCAGGUUUUAACCAAGAAGAAACUGCAGGACCUGGUGCGUGAGGUGGAUCCCAACGAGCAGCUGGAUGAAGAUGUGGAGGAAAUGCUGCUGCAGAUCGCUGACGACUUCAUCGAGAGUGUGGUGACAGCCGCGUGUCAGCUCGCACGGCACCGCAAGUCCAACACCCUCGAGGUGAAAGAUGUCCAGUUGCACCUUGAGCGUCAGUGGAACAUGUGGAUCCCAGGCUUUGGUUCUGAAGAAAUCAGGCCCUACAAAAAAGCCUGCACUACAGAAGCUCACAAACAGAGGAUGGCACUGAUCCGCAAGACUACCAAGAAAUAGCCCCUGGGCAGGGCCAGGAGACGCCGCCAGAGCAGUUUGGGAUAUUUGCCUCUCCACUGAAGCCUCCACGAUGUCACCUGUGGGAUAUUUUUUUUAAAUGCUUUACAGAGAAGCAUCUAUUUUUUAUGAAUGGUGCAGCAAUAUCUUGACUUUCUGAGGAGAUCUGCCAAAAACAUCCUACGCCCCUUCCCUCGUUCCUCCUCGGAGUGUGACAUCUCCAACAGAGACUUUCAUUUGUGACUUGAAAGUGGUUUAUCGUACAAGUGAUUACCCAAGGGACAGAGAGUUUGGUCGUGUGUGGGACAGUAUUAGAAGCAUCUGUAGAGGUUUUUGUUUCCUCCUUCCUGCCCCUACCUGCUCCAGUACUUUGUAAUGUCAGUGUUUAUAUAAAUACUUGCGUUUGUUUUACAUGAAUAAAGAAAUUAUUAAUCUAA